AUGGACUCGAGCGUGUAUACGGACAAGAAACGCUUCGCAUUCACUAUCGACAGCAUCCUGAGUGAUGCCUUUGAAAACAGCACCAAGAUUUCCAGCUUGGAAAAGGCUUACAUCUCCACUGAAGAACCGUGUGGGGAGAAAUCUACAAUGAAUCAUGAAUCAGUGAAUCAAAUGGAUCAUCGUGUGCACACCUGCAUGAACUGCUGCUAUUGUUCACACUGUGGAGAGAUUUUACACACAGCUGCGAGUUGUCAUGUUGUCUGGAGUAAAAGGAUAUUUACAGACACUUGCUCCUCUGCAGAUGGUCAUAUUCAGAAGAGGGUCCGUCGCCAUCGAACCAUCUUCACAGAGGAACAGCUGGACGCUCUGGAGGAACUCUUCAAACAGAACCAGUACCCGGAUAUUAACACCCGAGAGCAGCUGGCUGAACGGACACACCUGCGAGAGGAAAGAGUGGAGGUGUGGUUUAAGAACCGUCGGGCCAAAUGGAGACGUCAAAAGCGGCAUCCAGUCAACAUGCGAGGACAAAGCGAUUGGAAAAACUGACAUGAACACCAUGAUGUUUAUAUGAUGUCCGAUGGCAUCAGACUCUUUACUGUAAAAAUGUUGCUGUAGUUAUGCAGCGGUUUGCCAGUUACUUACUGUAGAUUUAAAUGUAUGUUAUUUACUGGCAACAGUUUGUUCAAAGUUAAAUAAACAUCAAAAAUUAACAAGUCUUUGUCUUUACAGAAUAAAACUAUAAAAUAACAGCCUCAUGCAAAGCAUUCUGGGAACCAGAAAUCCCCAUCAACCUUUUUCUGUGUUUUUUUCCUUCAGAUUUUGGUUUCCAAAAUGCUUUGCAUUUUAUUUUUAUUCUUUAAGAAUAAAGACUUAGUACAUGUUUAAUGUUUAUUUAACUUUGAAUAAACACAUUGCCAGUAAAUAACAUAAAUUUAAAUCUACAGUAAGUUACUGGGAAACAGCCGGCAGUAAUACUGUAAUUUCUACAGACAUUUUUAACAGUGUUCUUACUGACAACUAUAGAUUUAAUGCUAAUAUUGCUAUGGCACUCUUCAUUGA